GAUCUGUAUUAUUUCCCGUUCCGACCUGCGGACAAGAUCUUGGCGGUGUGGACUGCGGUGGACCCCGUCAAUGUACACAACGGGUGUCUGUACGUGAUACCAGGGUCGCAUAAGGCAAGAGUGCUCUACCAACACGAGGAUAAACUUAGGGACGUCCUGCAGUUUUUCCACGAGAUCGGAGACGAGGAGGGAGUGGCACCCGUGGAAAAGAGAGUGCACCUGAUCAUGGACCCCGGAGACACAGUGCUCUUCCACCCCUACCUGGUGCACGGCUCCGGACCUAACUUGUCUAAUAGUUACCGUAAAGCGCUGACGUGUCAUUACGCGAACAGCCACUGCCAGUAUGUGGAUGUGAAGGGCACGCCUCAGGAGCGGCUCUCGUCACAGGUAGAGGCGGAACUGCGCCGGCGCGGCACUGACUUAUCCUUUGUCGUGAGUAUUAUCUUCACCAUUCUUCUUCAGUUGCUGCUGAAUAUGUAAGUAGCUCUCUUAACAAUUUCCAGAUCGAGGUGUUAUUUUUAGUUAGCCGUCCCAGCAGUUAACAUUGCGGGAAAAGUGCGAAUAGUAUACUGGAAUCCCUCAGCGCAACGAUUGUAGGUGCCUGGAGGAAAAUUGGGAGGGGAUACCUACGGGUGGGAAGUAUAAGGGAAAAGGAACCCUCUUAGUAUGGACCGAGGGGCGAAGAAUCGGGAAAUGUUCGUGAGCCCUCAUAUACCUCGAUGUGUAUUGUGUAUGGACAACCAUGAAGUAUACACACUGAAUUUUUUCGUCUCAAAACGGGACAUCGGUUUAUUAACGUCAAGUAUAGGUUCUCAAUGGAAAAAACAAAACACGCUUUUUAGAAAAAUUGUACUUCGGUGGCCGAGCUUUUUUCGAUAAUUCGGAAAAUCUCGUUUUCCCGAACAACAACAAUGAUGAAAUUUUUACUCAUAACUCAUCCCAUCAUUACACACAUUUUAUUCAUUAGAGAAAAGAUUCGCAGGCGUUGUAGUCAAGUAGCAGCUCGGUCGGCUCUUUAAUUUUCGUACGGUUUCGAAAAACGGGACAAUUUUGUGUCCCCGAGAUUUUUGUGGGGACACCGGGACAGAUUACCGAAAAAAAGGACGGUCCUGUUUAAAACGGGACGUCUGGUCACGUUAGCCUAGGACCGCUGCACAUGUCCCUCAGUACAUGAACGUGGAUUCGUUGUGGAGAGCGAGCGCAAUAGAAUUGUCUCGGGGGAGA